GCGUGGGAGAGGGGCAUGCGCGGAGGAGGACGGCCCGGCCAGGCCGCGAGGACCCAGGAACUCCCGGGACCAGGCGCCUGUGCCUCCUCAGGCCCGGCGCGGCAGCCCCGCCCCUUCUCGCCAGGUGGGCGCGCUCCGCCCAUCGUGCUCGGAUUGGCUCCUGGGGUGGAGCCACCGUGCCGCCCGGCUGCCCCAUUGGCUGGCGUGCGGAGGAGCUCUCUCGCGAGGCUCAUGAUUGGCCAGCUCCGGCAGGCGGCAUUGGUCAGCCCUGCGGUCGCGGGGGCGGGGCUGCUCGGUGGUCUGAGCUGGGCGCGGGGCAGGGGUCUGGGUGCUGGAACAACAAUCUGUGGCUCCUUCAAUGGUGCCUUAGCUACCGUUCCUGUCCAGGACCUGGGCUCGACUGUCAUCAAAGAAGUCCUGAAGAGGGCCGCUGUGGCUCCAGAAGACGUGUCUGAGGUCAUAUUCGGACAUGUUUUGGCAGCAGGUUGCGGGCAGAAUCCCGUGAGACAAGCCAGUGUGGGUGCAGGAAUUCCCUACUCCGUUCCAGCGUGGAGCUGCCAGAUGAUCUGUGGGUCAGGCCUAAAAGCCGUGUGCCUUGCAGCCCAGUCCAUAGGGUUAGGAGACUCCAGCAUUGUGGUUGCAGGAGGCAUGGAAAAUAUGAGCAAGGCUCCCCACUUGGUUCACUUGAGAACAGGAGUAAAGCUUGGUGAGUCGGCACUAGCUGACAGUAUACUCUGUGAUGGUCUUACCUGUGCAUUUCACAACUAUCAUAUGGGUAUUACAGCUGAAAAUGUAGCCAAAAAAUGGCAAGUGAGUAGAGAAGAUCAGGACAAGAUUGCAGUUCUGUCUCAGAAUAGGACAGAGAGUGCACAGAAAGCUGGUCAUUUUGAUAAAGAGAUUGUACCAGUUUUUGUGUCUUCUAGAAAAGGUCCUAUUGAAGUUAAAACAGAUGAGUUUCCUCGCCACGGGAGCAACAUGGAAGCCGUGUCCAAGCUAAAGCCUUACUUUCUUACAGAUGGAACAGGAACAGUGACCGCAGCUAAUGCUUCAGGAAUCAAUGAUGGAGCUGCAGCUGUGGUUCUUAUGAAGAAAUCAGAAGCUGAUAAGCGUGGGCUUACGUCUUUAGCACAGAUAAUUUCCUGGUCACAAGCAGGUGUGGACCCUUCCAUUAUGGGAGCAGGACCAAUCCCAGCCAUAAAACAAGCUGUUGCAAAAGCAGGUUGGUCACUGGAGGAUGUUGAUGUAUUCGAAAUCAAUGAAGCCUUUGCAGCCCUUUCUGUUGCAAUAGCUAAAGAACUUGGACUAAACCCAGAGAAGGUCAACAUUCAAGGAGGGGCUAUAGCCUUGGGCCACCCUCUUGGAGCAUCUGGCUGCCGAAUUCUUGUGACCCUAUUACACACACUGGAGAGAACAGGCGGAACUCGUGGUGUUGCAGCCCUGUGCAUCGGGGGUGGGAUGGGAAUAGCAAUGUGUGUUCAGAGAGGAGGAAUUGCUUAAACUAAACUUGAAACUUCAUUUCUCUUUAAACCAAUAAAGUACUAAGUUAUAAAAUGUGAAAUAAGAGGACCAAAGCAAGGAAAGAAACCAUCUCCUAUGUGAACCCAAGCUGACAGCUUACUGUACUUUAAUGUGUAAUACUCAAUGUACAAGACAAUUGCAUCUAACAUUGUUAUAAAUAAAAGAAUCAGAUUAGUCAUCAAGGG